AUUGUGCUCGAGUGUUAUCGUAGUACAUCAGAGAUGGAUGCUUCAUCAAACGACGUGAAAAAUAGUGUCGUUUGCGAUUUGAAUAAUAAUAAGGAUUUGGAAAAAGACGUGGAGGAAGAUAGUGGUGCUCGACAGUCUUAUUGGUCGUUGAUGAAGGUUGUGGGGUUGAAGUUGGUUGUGAAUCAUAACUCAUAUGCUGUUUAUAUUGGCCUCUUUUGGGCUAUCAUUGCUAGCAGCAUGACUAGAGUCCCCAAUGGCAGUGGAGAAUGACUUGGGUAGCAAUACAAGACGCAUUAGCUGAAGAAUGACUUAGCUUAGUGGAGAAUGACUUGGCUUAGUGCUAUACAAGAUGCAAUCCAAUGACUUGGAUGGCAGUGGAGAAUGAUUUGGCUUAUAUAAGAUGCUUUAGCUGAAGUUAUACAAUAUCAUCAACCUCAAUUCCUUGAAAAAGGCAACUUAAAAAAGUUGGAUUAGUAAUAUUCUGAAGCUUGUAACUAUGGCAGUGGAGAAUGACUUGAAUAGCAAUACAAAUGGGUUUGUUCAAGUCUCUGAGGAAGAGACUAAAGAAGAUGAUGAUAAGAAAACCAAAACUGUGGCGUUUCACAAGCUGUUCUCAUUUGCAGACUCCAUAGAUGUUUACUUGAUGAUAAUAGGCACUUUAGGUGCCAUAGGAAACGGUUUGUGCAUGCCCAUAAUGACGAUUCUGUUUGGUCAAUUGACUGAUGCUUUUGGAAAUAAUAGCCAAAACAACAAACACACUAUUGUUCAUGAUGUUUCCAAGGUUUCUCUUAAAUUUGUUUACUUGGCAAUGGGAGCUGGGGCUGCAGCAUUCCUCCAGGUGGCUUGUUGGAUGGCCACAGGGGAGAGACAAGCUGCCAGAAUAAGGAGUUUGUACCUGAAAACUAUAUUGAGACAAGAUAUAGCUUUCUUUGAUAAGGAGACGAACACCGGCGAAAUUGUUGGGAGAAUGUCUGGUGACACUGUUUUGAUCCAAGAUGCAAUGGGAGAGAAGGUAGGGAAGUUUAUACAGCUUGUAUCGACAUUCUCUGGAGGAAUUGUGAUUGCUUUGAUUAGAGGGUGGCUUCUAACUCUAGUCUUGGCAUCCAUUAUUCCACUUCUUGUUGCAGCAGGCGCUGUUAUCUCUAUCGUCAUCUCUAAAAUGGCAUCUCGUGGACAAACUGCUUAUGCCAAAGCAGCAAACGUAGUUGAUCAAACAAUCAGCUCAAUAAGAACUGUUGCAUCAUUUACAGGAGAAGCGCAAGCUAUUUCCAAUUACAAGAAGUUUCUUGUGAAUGCUUACAGAUCAGGUGUUCAUGAAGGCUUGGUUGCUGGAUUUGGCCUUGGCAUGUUCAAGCUAGUCAUGUUAUGCAGUUAUGCUUUGGCUGCAUGGUAUGGUGCAAAGCUGAUAUUGGAGAAAGGCUACACUGGUGGUGCGGUAGUGAAUGUGAUUAUUGCUGUGUUGACUGGUUCUAUGUCUUUAGGACAGGCUUCUCCCUGCAUAAGUGCAUUUGCUGCUGGUCGAGCUGCAGCCUUUAAGAUGUUUGAAACAAUCGAAAGGAAGCCAGAGAUAGACGCUUAUGACACAAAAGGAAUUGCAUUGGAUGACAUUUGUGGAGACAUAGAACUAAGAGAAGUUUAUUUUAGUUAUCCAACAAGAUUGAAUGAUCAAAUUCUUGAUGGAUUCAGUCUCAGUAUCCCUAAUGGAACAAGUGUAGCUGUGGUUGGUCAAAGUGGGAGCGGAAAGUCAACGGUGAUUAGUCUGAUAGAGAGAUUCUAUGAUCCACAGGCUGGUGAGAUUCUAAUAGAUGGCAUCAAUCUCAAAGACUUUCAGCAGAAAUGGAUAAGGGGGAAGAUUGGUCUUGUAAGCCAAGAACCAGUUUUGUUUUCAUGUAGUAUUCUUGAUAACAUCUUGUAUGGAAAGGAUGGUGCUUCUAUGGAAGAGAUUAAAGCUGCUGUCAAACUUGCUAAUGCUUCUACUUUUAUAGAUAAAUUGCCUCAGGGACUGGAAACCAUGGUUGGUGAGCAUGGAACUCAGCUUUCUGGUGGACAAAAGCAAAGGAUUGCCAUAGCAAGAGCGCUUGUUAAAGGUCCAAGGAUAUUACUUCUAGAUGAAGCCACUAGUGCCCUUGAUGUAGAGUCUGAGAAGAUAGUGCAAGAGGCAUUAGAUCAAAUAAUGCUGAACAGAACUACUGUGAUUGUUGCCCAUCGUUUGAGCACAAUAAAGAAUGCUGAUCAAAUCGCGGUCAUUCAUAAAGGAAAGAUCAUUGAAAAAGGGCUGCACUCAGAACUAAUCAUGGAACCUAAUGGGGCAUACUCUCACCUUAUUCAAUUACAAAAUGUAAACUCAAUUGAUAACAGCGGAUUAUCUAACAUGUUAACCAAAAAGACAUCAUUGGAACGGUCAAUAAGUCAAGGAUCAUCCGGAGCAGGAAACAGCAGUCGCCACUCUUUCAAUGUGUCAUUUGGUUUUCCCACAGGACUAGAUGUAGUAGAAAAUUCAACACCAGAACCAGUCUUAGAACUAAAUCCAGCAACUGGACCACCUCCAAAAGUUCCAAUUUAUCGCCUUGCUCUUCUCAACAAGCCAGAGAUUCAAGUGAUUCUGCUUGGAACACUAGCUGCAAUAGCCAAUGGUGUCAUGCGUCCAAUGCUUGGUUUAAUCAUCUCUAGUUCAAUAAAAACUUUAUACGAACCGCCUGAGGAACUAAAAAAGGAUUCCAAAUUUUGGGCACUCAUGUAUGCAAUCCUUGGCCUUGCAUCACUGCUGGUCAUUCCAACAAGUUCAUGCCUUUUUGCUGUGGCAGGCUGCAAGUUAAUCCAACGUAUCAGAUUGAUGUGUUUCAAGAAAGUGGUGUACAUGGAGAUUGGGUGGUUCGAUGAAUCUGAGAACUCGAGUGGCAUGAUUGGUGCAAGGCUUUCGACCAAUGCAGCCUCAGUGAGGGCCUUAGUUGGAGACACACUUGCUCAAGUUGUUCAAAACCUUGCAUCUGCAGUGGCCGGAUUGCUCAUUGCUUUCCUCGCAUGUUGGAGACUAGCUUUUAUUGUCCUCGUGUUGUUCCCACUUAUUGGAGUGACUGGAUAUUUUCAACUGAAGUUCAUGCAAGGAUUUAGCUCAGAUGCAAAGAAUAUGUACGAAGAAGCAAGUCAGAUAGCUAAGGAUGCAGUUGGCAGCAUAAGAAUAGUGGCAUCUUUUUGUGCAGAAGAGAAAACUAUGAAACUAUACAAGAAGAAAUGUGAAGGUCCUGUGAAAACUGGGAUAAAGCAAAGCUUGAUCAGUGGAAUAGGAUUUGGUUUGUCUUUCGUCUUGAUGUUUUGUGUCUAUGCAACUAGUUUCUAUGCAGGAGCACACUUUGUUGCAGAUGGAAAGGCAUCAAUGUCGGGAGUUUUUCGAGUUUUCUUUGCUCUUACCUUGGCUGCAAUGGCAAUAUCUCAAUCAAGCUCCUUACUUCCUGAUUCUACCAAAGCCAACACUGCUGCAGCUUCAGUAUUCGCCAUAAUAGACCGCAACUCAAAAAUCGAUUCCAGUGAUGAGUCUGGAAUGAUAUUGGAUAAUGUAAUGGGAGAAAUUGAGCUUCAUAAUGUGAGCUUCAGGUAUCCAUCUAGACCAGAUGUUCAUAUUUUUCAAGACCUCUGUUUAACCAUUCAUUCAGGGAAGAGAGUUGCUUUGGUUGGAGAAAGUGGGAGUGGGAAAUCUACUAUAAUAUCUUUGUUGCAAAGGUUUUAUGAUCCUUGUUCAGGGUGUAUUAGACUUGAUGGUAUUGAAAUUCAGAAGCUGAAACUCAAGUGGUUGAGGCAGCAAAUGGGAGUAGUGAGUCAAGAACCAGUUUUGUUCAAUGACACAAUUCGUGCCAACAUUGCUUAUGGAAAAGAAGGAACUGCAACUGAGGCAGAAAUCUUGGCUGCAGCAGAGUUGGCCAAUGCCCACAUAUUCAUUAGUGCAUUACAAAAGGGUUAUGAUAGCAUGGUGGGAGAAAGAGGAGUACAAUUGUCAGGUGGGCAGAAGCAAAGGGUAGCCAUCGCACGUGCAAUGAUGAAAAGCCCAAAGAUAUUACUAUUGGACGAGGCCACCAGUGCACUAGAUAGUGAAUCCGAAAGAUCAGUCCAAGAUGCAUUGGACCGGGCCAUGGUGGGCCGGACCACAGUCAUUGUGGCCCAUAGGCUGUCCACAAUCAAGAACGCUAAUACAAUUGCAGUCCUUAAACAUGGGAUUAUCAUUGAGAAAGGGAACCACCACACUUUGAUGAAUAUCAACCAUGGAUUCUAUGCCUCUUUAAUGGCUCUUCACUUAAAUACUUCUUAGUACCUUGUUUUUACUACUACUACUAGUGAAAAUAAAGUUAAGAUAAACUUAUAUCCGGUAUGUUUUUUUCAA